CCAGUUCUCAGUCUAUGGAUGGAAAUAGGCUGUUGUGUUCCAGGCCGCCAGCCGACCCGUUGUCUGAUGUGCUCGGAGAUGACAACCUCCUCACCAAGAUCCUCAUCCGCCUCCCACCAAAGCCAUCCUCGCUCCCCCGUGCGUCCGUUGUAUGCAAGCAGUGGGGCAGCAUCCUCUCCGAGCCCGAGUUCCGUAAACGCUUCCGCAAGCAUCACCGGAAACCUCCUCUGCUCGGCUUCUUCAGAGGGUAUGCUAAAAACUUCAUUCCUUCCAUGGACUCGCCAGACCGCAUCCCUGCUGCCCGCUUCUCCCUGCCCAAGAGCAGCACACCCUACCACCAAAAUGAAGCAUACAUGGGCUGCCGCCAUGGCCUCUCUCUCCUAAUCAACCUGCAUAAGCUUGAGACCGUCGUGUGGGAUCCCCUCACAGGUGAAGAGCGCAUUGUGGCUUUUCCACCAGGGUGCACGUUGGGGCGUUCCUGGGCCUGGCAUGGCGCUGUAUUGUGCGUCAAUGCCGAAGAUGGGCAUGUCCACGGAGAUUGCUUCUCGAGCCCAUUUAAAUUGGUUUUGAUCUUUGCUGACUACAAUACACCGGCACUUUGUUCUGUCUACGACUCAGCGUCUGGUGUUUGGGGAAAUAUUUUCUCGACGAUGACGAAAACAGCUGGAAUGUCUUGGUUAAGAAGGCCCAGCAUCCUUGUCGGGAAUGCACUUUGCUUGUUGAUUCGUGGAGGUGAUGUCCUUGUGUUUGAUUUGGAAAUGCAAAGUCUUGGUCUGAUCAAGAAGCCGGUUGAAAACCAUGGUACCGACAACUGGUGUUUUCAGCUCUUACGGAUGGAGAAUGAUGGACUUGGCCUCGCUGUUUUGUUGGACCUCACUAUCGAAUUAUGGGAGAGGAAAUCUAACCGUGAUGGUGUUUUCGAAUGGGUGCUGCUGCAGAAAACCAUUCCACUCGAGGGUAUGGUUCCAACGAGAAUGGAUUCUGUACUUUUCGUCGGGUAUGAUGAGGACGCAAAUGUGAUUGUUCUCACUACUAUGACCGGCAACUUCACACUCCAACUCGACUCAAUGCAGAUCAAACAUAUUGUUAAAAGAAACAAUAUAUGUCAUGACACCUUUUAUCCCUACAGAAAUUUCUGUACUCCAGGCGAGACACUGGUUCUGUUUUCCCUCAAGGACAUUCUGUUCAUAUUUGCUGUACUCCAUAUGUGCGGUCUUCUGCUGUGGGGUGUUCUCUCCGGCGAGGUCCCCUGUCUGCCCUGCCCUAUUGCUCCCGCGGCUCCUACCCUGCCAGUACCGCCGGUUCUUGCUGCUGAGGCCACUCAAGCUGAUCGGGAUGCAGCCAAGGCUCUCGAUGCUGCUGCAGUUGGUGCUUAUGAUCAACAGGUAUCUGCUUAUUCUGAUGCUCUUUCCGUCUAG